ACAAAUUAGAUGAAGACGACAAUAUUGAUUUUAUCAAAAAGCAUAUUAAGAAAAGGCCUAUUAUAGGAGGUUAUCUUAAGACCGACCUCCCAAUUCGGACCGUGAUCUAUCCAUCUUAUUAUGAUGAUGAAAUAGAUAAGAAUAAGCCCGCAAUCCUUCUUGGUUCUUAUACUUGGGUAAAUGAUGUAGCAAAAUAUGCUUCAUAUAAACAAGAAGAAAAUGUUGAAUUAUGCCUUAAAAAUCUUAAAAUUCUCCAUAAAGAACAAGAUUUAAAUAGGUUUUGGGAAAAAAAUAAUCCUAAAAAAUCCAUUUAUAGUAAUUUAUCUAUUUGUUGCCAAAAUGAACCAACUGCUGUUAGAGCAUAUGCAAUUUUUGGUCCAAAACAAUUUGAAAAUCUAAUGUAUCCAAUGCUAGAAAAUAACAAUAAUGGAAGUAAGAUACAUUGGGCUGGUGAACAUAUAGAUAUACAUCAUGCUUGGAUUGUUGGUGCUUUGAAUUCAGCUGUUAGAGUUGUUCAGGAGGUUUUGGGUAGUGAAUGGGAUCAAUUUAAAAAUAAUAAUAAGCUAUUGAAAAAUUGGUAUGAAAAUGCUACAGUUGUACCACUAAGUUCACCUUAUCGAGACCAUGCAGAGAUCAAAUUAUACCAUGCACUUAGGGAG